AUGCUCGACGUCAGCGCUUGCAAAGCCGUAGCCGAGCUGAGUCGCGUUGCCGCAGGAGCUGCCCAGCAAACGGUGCGACGGAACGCCAUUCAAAUCAACUGA